AUGCUGCCGAAUAACGAGGUUCGCGUGCCCCCGCGGCGGGUGCUUGUGCAGGAGAAGGCCGUGCCGCGCGACAUUACUGUCGAAUUUACGGAGGCUGCAUCAAAACUACGGACUGGCCAGCUUGUCAAAGAUGAGACGUUCACACUCUUUGAGGCCGUGGGCGCAUUGGAGAUCAUGGACUCCAAGAUGGACAGCGGCUACAUAGCACCCGGCGAGAACCAUGCGCAAGCGCUAGAAGACAACUACGAUGUGCGACGGCACCUAACACCGGAGCAAGUGGUGGGGUUGAUGGACCAACUGCUUUGCCAUGAGAUGGCAUGGCAUAUGGGCCACCCCCUCUCCCAGACCCUCUUUACCUCCAUUUACAUCGACAAGCUAUUGUGGCCAGUGCCGAGGACAAUCGAGGAUGCCCGGUCCGAUCGUGUGCCCAGCGAAUACCCUCUUGUCGGCCUUGUACUCCGAACCUAUUGCCUCGCACUGGUUAAGGCAUGCGACUUUGUCCAUGCCCGUGUGGCUUCCGAAUAUUUUUAUGAGGAAGAAGACUUUGUCACUCAAUUAUACAAUCGCAACCUCUUGUCCACUUUUGACUCAUCACAUUUCUAUCGCCUGCUGGAUCAGGCGGUCGACUGGGUCGAUGCUCAGGAGGGGAUAGAGCAAAAGCUUCGAGAUGCGAUUCGGAGUAGACUUCUCCUGCGGCGGGAGUUUUUGGCCGCCGUGGACCAGGACCUUGAAAUUUUGGAUACUAGGUCAACAGACAGCUUUGUAUUAUGUCUGACUUACUUGAAGACCUUGACUGAAACUACCUCUCUUGGAAAUGCUCUGCCAGAGGCUUUUAGCUUGAAGCUUCAACGAAAGCUUGCCAGUACGGUGCCGCCUCGGCCCAUCGUUCACAUUAAACAGGAAGAUGCUCUGGCUCAUAUGAAGCGACUUUGCCAAGAUGCUAUUGACAUGCAACAGAUGCUGGACUACCGUGGCCCAAGCAAUUUCAAGACCGCCGUGUGGACUUUGCUGUCACGAAAACCACAGCCGUCGGUUUAUAUUCGAUCGCUGCUACAGGCCUUGAUUGUCAGCGACAUGACAAUCCUUGGGGCAGUGUCAGUCAGGCAGUUCCUUUAUGACGACCUUGCUGAGCUGGUCUUGCCAUCGAGUAUUUUGCUUCGAGCGAACACCGAUGAAGUGGAGCUACCGUCGGAUCCCAGGUUCCGAAUUGCUCAAAUUAUGGAAGGAUUUGUGAAACGCUUUGCUCAGCCUUACGUUGAUACCGUGCGCUCCGCCUGCCUGAACCGUUGUCGUGUUCGACGAACCAUCUGCCAUACUGUCAUUGACUGGGACAACCUGCAAAUGGAGGCUGAGGAGCUUGACCUCCAGCUUCAAAACCUUAGUGCAGAGCCCGCAUUGCAGUUCCAGGGCGGGGAAGCUACCUUUUCCUAUCCGCUUAGUAGCUGGGCAUACCAUCAAAAACUGAUCCAGCUUCGCCUGAUCCUACAGAUGGGAUUCGAGCUAUCGGUCUAUGCCCCGGAAGAGCUGCCUGGAAUCUACUGGUACCUUUCACACAUCUGCUCAACUCACCUCAGUCACCUUGAUCGCAUUCGCACGUUCACCGUGGCAGCUCGAAAGCGCGAUCUAGAAAGCAGCAACAACAACGGGGAGACUUCUGCGCACAAGUCGCCUGCAUAUCAUAGAUCAUUCCUCUAUCUUGAGCGGUUAACAACUCAUAUCAUUGCGAUCGAUGCAUUUGCGAUCGCGCUCCACGCCCUUUAUGUACUCCUGGCCCGACACCAGAUUCUCCCAUCGGCAGCAGGUCCCGAUGCCUACUCCAGCGACAAGCUCCGCUAUGAGCUCCGGAUGAAGCCCUUUAUCCCAAUCUCCUUGCCCGAGCUGGUUCCAUUUGAAGAAUACCAGCGCGAGGCUACUUUAGAGGGUGACACAGACGCCACUAUUCUGGACCGUGCUUCCAAGGCCAUCACAGAAGCCCGAAAGGCCUGGGAGGCGACCCUUGCCAAUGGGGCCUUUGUGGAGGACAUCUCCUCGCCCAUGAAAGAACCGUCGAUCGCCAUUGAGGAAGACUGGCGCCGCGACAUCAAGGACACGAUGCGGGCCUGUAUCGGGGCCAGCAUUGCAAUCGAGACGGUCAAGAAGGCGCUCCUGGGCGAUUCACCUGCCUCUGAAAAGGUCCCGCUCAAUCUUCAAGUGGUGAUACCCGUGAUUGGCUCUAAGACCCAGUGGCAUGACUGGUGGAUUGUGCCGCAGAUCUCGGAGAAAAAGGCAGCCAAGGCAGCCACCUCGUGA